CACCUUGUCUACGUUUCUGAGCCUUUCCAGAGAGAGAGAUGGAAUCAAUCGGAGUCCUUAUGAUGUGCCCUAUGAACUCCUACCUCGAGAACGAGCUUCAGAACCGCUUCAACCUCCACCGCUUCUGGACUCUUCCGGAGAAAUCCGUCUUUCUCGAAACUCAUCGGAACUCAAUCCGCGCCGUCGUGGGAAACGCUUCUGCGGGCGCAGACGCUCGCCUCAUCGAUGAUCUCCCCAAGCUAGAGAUCAUCUCCAGCUUCAGCGUCGGCCUCGACAAGAUAGAUUUGGGGAAAUGCAAGGAGAAAGGGAUCCGAGUCACCAACACGCCAGACGUUCUCACCGAGGACGUGGCGGAUCUGGCGAUUGGGCUUAUAUUGGCUCUGCUGCGACGGUUGUGUCAGUGUGAUCGGUAUGUGAGGAGUGGCAAGUGGAAGUAUGGUGAUUUCCAGCUCACUACUAAGUUUAGUGGAAAGUCUGUGGGGAUCAUUGGUCUCGGUAGAAUUGGGACUGCCAUUGCAAAGAGGGCUCAAGGCUUCAAUUGCCCGAUUAAUUACUACUCAAGAACGGAGAAGCCUGAUGUAGGGUACAAGUAUUACCCAACCGUGGUUGAGCUUGCUCAAAACUCAGACAUCCUCGUGGUGGCAUGCCCAUUGACUGCCGAGACCAGACACAUUGUGAACCGGCAGGUGAUGGAUGCAUUGGGUCCAAAGGGUGUGCUGAUAAACAUAGGGCGUGGACCACAUGUCGAUGAGCAAGAGCUGGUGAAAGCUUUAACGGAAGGGAGACUAGGUGGGGCUGGGCUGGAUGUGUUUGAGCAGGAGCCACACGUGCCUGAGGAGCUCUUUGGACUUGAGAAUGUGGUUCUGCUUCCUCACGUUGGGAGUGCCACCGUGGAGACACGGAAUGCCAUGGCUGAUCUUGUGGUGGGUAACUUGGAAGCGCACUUUUCUGGGAAAUCACUUCUUACUCCGGUGGUCUGAGUGGUUUCUUGUCUCUUGGCCUUUUUACUUUUAUUAUGAUGAUAUUGAUAAACGAAAUAAAUAAUACUGGGAAGGUGUUAAUUUCUCUGCCAAAUAAAGUUGACAAUCGUAUGAUACGGG